ACACAAAACGAGUAGCUGAUCGGAAGAAAACGUAGAGAUCGAACACAAUCAUUAAAAAUGGGUGAAGCUCCCAACAUUCCUCUUCUUACUCCUUACAAAUUGGGGAACUUCAAUCUAUGCCAUAGAGUAGUUUUGGCACCGUUGGGCCGAUUGAGAUCUUAUGGCGAGGUUCCUCAGCCACAUGCUAUCUUAUAUUAUUCUCAGCGAACCUCCAAAGGCGGUCUUCUAAUAGCUGAAGCGACUGGAAUUUCUGACACUGCUCCGUAUCCUGAUGCACCGGGUAUAUGGACAAAAGAGCAAGUUGAAGCAUGGAAACCCGUCGUUGAUGCUGUUCAUGCCAAAGGUGGAAUAUUCUUUUGUCAGCUUUGUCAUGUGGGGAGGGUUUCAAAUCAAGAUUUUCAGCCAAAUGGGCAAGCUCCAAUUUCUUCUACUGACAAGGGACUUGAUGGUGCACAGUUCACUCCUCCACGGCGGCUAAGGACAGAUGAAAUUCCUCAAAUUGUCAAUGAUUUUAGAGUUGCCGCAAGGAAUGCUAUUGAAGCUGGUUUUGAUGGAGUUGAGAUCCAUGGGGCUCAUGGUUACCUAAUUGAUCAGUUUCUGAAAGAUGAAGUGAAUGAUCGAACAGACCAAUAUGGUGGAUCCCUAGAGAAUCGUUGUCGAUUUGCUCUGGAAAUAGUGGAAGCUGUUGCUAAUGAGAUUGGAGCAGACAAAGUUGGAAUAAGGCUAUCUCCUUUUGCAGACUAUAUGGAAUCUGGAGACUCCAAUCCAAAAGCAUUGGGGCUUUAUAUGGCUGAGUCCUUAAACAAAUAUGGGAUUCUUUAUUGCCACAUGGUUGAGCCAAGGAUGAAGACUAUUGGAGAAAAAAGUAAAUCUCCAGACAGUCUUGUGCCAAUGAGAAAGGCUUUUAGGGGUACUUUCCUUGUUGCUGGGGGUUAUGACAAGGAAGAUGGGAACAAUGCCAUCGUUAAAAAUCGUGCAGAUCUUGUUGUUUAUGGUCGCCUGUUUUUAGCCAAUCCAGAUUUGCCCAAGAGAUUUGAGCUCAAUGCUCCUCUCAACAAGUACAACAGAGACACAUUCUACAUCUCUGAUCCUGUUGUUGGUUACACCGAUUAUCCAUUUCUUGAAGACAGUACUGCAUGAUGCAAAAGAAAAGACGAGAAAUAUUGGUUUAUAUAUUUUAUACAUUUACCUCAGUUUUAACCAAGAGUUGUAACAGAAGUUUUUAAAGUAGGAUUGAAAAAUGACAUCAUAAAAGAUUGCAAAUCAAUAAGAGCUGUCACAAGUGGUAGUAACAUCUUCAGGAACCAAUACAUCAAAAUCACUAACAGUCCAUUCUGCAGUCACCCCUGCGCGGCUAACAUAUAUUUCUGUGCCAACAUUAAGUGAAGACCAUACACGCCUUGCUGGUUUGGUUCCUGGAUCCUGCAAAAAUUAAUAGUAACGCGGCUCCCAUUAGUGCCAUAAAACUUAUAAGGUCCAUCUUGAAGCAACAGUCAAGUUGAAGGAAAAGUACACUAA